AUUCCAGUUAUUCCGAUUGGCACACGACAGAACAUUUAUUUUGAAUGACGACGGGAAAUGAAAUCGGUUUUUGCAUUUAAUUAACAAUUACUGUACUCUUAUAAUUAGCCUUAUCGAGAUUUCCUCGCCGUUUUCCCGUUGCUCUCUGUACGUUUCAAUUGCUUUUGUGCGCACGGUUGUUCUUUGAUGUUGUUUGAUGCGGACGAGUCGGAUGACGCCGCAAUAGCUGUUUCUUAGAGUUAUUUUAAAAUUAUUGCACCUAUGAGUUUUAACUUGAUACCCGUCAAUCGCGCAUUUGUGUAUUUUAUAUUGACCAGUAUAUUUUUCAGACCAUUAAUAUUAACAGAAAAUGGAAGUCACGUAAUUGAAGAUUUCGAUUUAGUAAACGAGAACAAUGAGCCAUCCAUAUUCCUACAAAAAACUGCUGAUUUCAGUAAUGCGGGAAAAACGUACAACUACAAACGUAGAUGGAAAAGUGUCCUACUCGUAGCAAACACUUGUACCAAAAAUGUUUUCAUGCCCGAAUUCUUAACAAACGACAGCUUAAAUGAAAGAUUAUUAUCAAAUAUAAGUGAUAGUUUGACACAUGAUGUACCAUUAAGUACGAUAUUUAUGACCAAAGAUAAUAUUAGUGCACAUUAUGACGAAAGUGACUUUGUUAAAACCGAUGUGUUAGAACACCAUGGCGGGGGAAAUCAGUCGGAGAAUGCGACCGGAUCUGUUCGUAAUGUUACCGUUAACGAAGAUAUACCGUCCUUUAGAGAAUGGACGAAAAAACAGUUGGAAGAGGCCGAAAAGCAACCUGCUGUUAACGAGACAAAAUUUAAACGUGAGAAUAAAAUUUUGAAAAAAAACUAUGCGUCUCCGGAGUGUGGCGCUAAAGUUGUUUCGACCAACCCAGAAGCCAUGUACCCAUAUCUGUUGCUGACGUUGCCGACCGACGAGUACAUGCUGAAUUUGUGCAAAAGUACGACUUGGUUUGUAGUCGAACUUUGUGAAGCUAUACAAGUGAAAAAAAUUGAAUUGGCAAAUUUCGAGCUGUUUUCAUCGACUCCAAAGGAUUUUUCCGUUUAUGUCGCAACUCGGCUGAACGCUCGCAACUGGACACCAAUAGCACGGCUCGUUGCAGAAGACGUUCGUACGUUACAGGGUUUUCAUUUAAACACGACCGACGACAAUGCAUUCACCAAGUAUAUUAAAGUCGAGAUACAUUCCCACUACGGGAAAGAACAUUACUGUCCAAUAUCUGUGUUCAAUGCUUACGGUUUAUCAGAAUUCGAGGCCUUAGAAAGAGCAGACGAUCCAGGACUGGAAAGUCAAAAUGCUGAAAGCGAAGAUGUCGACGAUCUAGACAUAGAAGAUGAAAACGUCGAUUCCGAUCAGCCGAAUAAAAAUACUACAAACAGCAAAAACACCUUGCUCGAUAGCGCUAGAGUCGCCGUUAUGUCGAUCGUCAAAAUAGCUACCAACGUGCUGGACAUGAGGCAAAAACCUACGUGUGACGUUCCACCGUGCAGUUUCAACAAAUCCACCGAAAACCCUACGGAGGAAAUGCUACCGUCAAAUUGUAUAACUCCGGGUUAUAUCAUGGUGUGCCACGGAUGCGACGACGCUUUCUAUAAAAAAAUGUUUGACACUAUCAGCUGUGAAGCGGACCAUUUGACCGAACUGUAUCGUAAUAAAUAUAUACAUGACACAAUUAUGAACAGCGGAGUUUGUACAGAAUACGGACUCGACCUCUUGACGUUGAAAAACAAAGUGCGACAAAAAAAUAAAUCGUUUAUAGGCAAACGAAGCGAAACGUUUUUACUGUCGAUAUUUCCACGGGUCAAAAUUGCAGCGCUGUGCAACACGCUUGCAAUUGUGCACAAAAAAAUUGUAUUGAACAAAGCCAAACGCGUUUACAUUAGCGACAAUCUAAUUAUCAACUUGCAAACCGCUGUGCCGGAAUUGAAUUCGCAAAACAACAGUAAUAACAACUCGAAUCAACAACAAACUGACGAUUCGUCCGAAGUCACUACGCCUCUUGAAAGCAAGUCGUCAACACUGGAUUUAUCCAGUUUCAUUGAACCUUUGGUGUCACAAAUAUUGCCCACUAAAACCUUGGCCAACACCGAAGAACCUGUGAUAUCAUUAAGUCAUCAAAUGAAGGAAACGGCUAACGUUCAUGUUGAAAAUCUCACAGUCGAUACGCCUUCUGAUCCGGAACCCAACGCAACUAACGAAUCGCCGAUGCCGAGUUCGACGCAAUAUCUGGCCAAUUCCAUCAUCGACAAACCCAUUAUAGCCGAAGUACAAAAUUCUCUCGAAGAAAACGCAACCAGUGAAGCAAAAGCCGCCAGCGAACAACCAGCCGACAACUUUGACAGUUUUUUCAAGGAUUUCGAAGCUGAAGAAAGUGAAAGCGAUAAGUGUAACCCGACAACGUCGGAGUCCUCCGUCCACUAUACCACUGUACAACAGUCUUCGGUUCAGUCGCAAAACACCAAACAGUCGUUGUUCAUUCGUUUGGCCAAUCGCAUUAAGGAUUUGGAACGUAACAUGUCGCUGAGCGGCGAGUACUUACAAGAGUUAAGCACGCGUUACAAAAAACAAGUUGACGACAUGCAACGAACAAUUUUAGAGUUGGCCGAGGAGAACCGACUGAAGAGGGAACAAGACUUUAAAAUUUUUGGGGAAAUGAAAAUCCUCAGCGAACAAGUGGCCACUCUCCAGAGUACCUUGCAUUGUUUGAAAGCGGAAACUGAAAAUUUAAAUAUUGUGUCAUUGUUUCUGUCGGAAAACCACCCAUUCACGGUCAUGGUGCUUUGCCUGAUAGUCAUCGUUUAUACGACACUCAGAAUGUUGGGUUACCUGGGAAAGCGAGGUAAAGAGCUUGAAUGGGACAACUCGAUAAAGGCUUCGAACACACGCAGGCAAUCCACCAACGAUAUUCUGUCGAACAUUAAAGAGAAACAUAGACGGCCUAGUGAAGAAGCGUUGUUCUCUUCAGGGACAACUCAUCAGGAUUUAUUAAUUAGAAAUAGUAACGGCGAUAACGUGAAAACCGAACGUAAACGAAGGAGAAAACGUAAGGAACUAAUUCUGAAAUCAAAGUCAAACGCUAUAAAUUUGGAAGCCGGUGGCAUGGACAACGGCGGUAACAUUAAAUUACAAUCGACGGCAAGCCACAACAAAUUGCCUAGAAGUGCCUCUUCUUCGGAUCUCACUGUGUGCAAUAGUAGCAGUCAUGAUUUCAUGAAAACGGCAUUGUCGGUACGGACGAUCAGGAUGUCGUCGAGCUCAAUGCAAAGCGACAAAAGUUUUGCGGCGAACACCAAUAAGAACACAACGGAAAUAAAAUCUAAGAGUAUUAAACAUUUUCUGAAAAGAAUGUUUUAACUUAAUAUUAAAAAGACUGUAUCGGAUUUCUAAUUGUUUUACCAAGUUUAGACCUACUAUGUUGUUCCUACUGACGGUUGUGUAAAUGUAUAAUGGAAACGAUAACAAGUGAAAAUGUUUAUAAUUAUUACUUGACGAUAGCCGUAUAAAAUGAUUAAAGUCAAUUGAAAUUAUUUAAACUGGUAAUAUUAUAUACUGUAUAAUA